UGGUUUCUUGCGUUGUGUCGCUGAAAACCCGAGGCUGUGCGCUGCGGAUCCGCUGUUCUACGAUCACCAAACGCGGCCACGAGCGUGAGCCUUUAAACCGAAUUUCAUAGGGUUUUCUGUGUUGUUCGCCCGCCCUUUGAACGUCAGUAGAAAACGAACCCGCAGUCACGUGUAGAUGACCUGUCUCCAGAUGUGUGUUAAGUAUGAAGAGCCACAUCGCCGCCUGGACGCAGGGACUCUUGAACAAUCAUACGGAGGAUAAAGUGGAGUCGCUCUGCCAGAAGAGAGCACUGGAGGCCUUCGACCUCGACCCAGAGCUGUGGGGCGUCAACGUGCAGACGCUGUCUGGAAGCCCAGCGAACUUCCAGGCGUACACGGCCGUGCUGCAGCCGCACGACCGCAUCAUGUCCCUCGACCUCCCCCACGGGGGUCACCUGUCUCACGGCUACCAGACUGACACCAAGAAGAUCUCGAUGGUGAGCUCUUUCUUCGAGACGUUCCCGUACCGCCUGGACGAGAGCACGGGCCAGAUCGACUACGACACCAUGGCGGCCAACGCCAAGCUUUUCCGCCCCAAGCUUAUCGUAGCUGGAGCUAGCGCGUACUCGCGCAACAUCGACUAUGCCCGCAUGAAGGAGGUCGCGGACGCCUCAGGGGCGUGGCUGCUGUCGGACAUGGCGCACAUCAGCGGCCUGGUCUCGGCCGGCGUGGUACCGUCCCCUUUCCCCUACUCGGACAUCGUUACCACAACCACCCACAAGAGCCUGCGAGGCCCGCGCGGGGCCAUGAUCUUCUACCGAAAGGGUCAGCGCGGCACAACAAAGAAAGGGGAGCCGAUCAUGUACGACAUCGAGAGCAAGAUCAACUUCGCCGUAUUCCCCGGGCUGCAGGGUGGGCCACACAACCACACCAUCGCCGCGCUCGCAACGGCGUUGAAGCAGGCCAAGGCACCGGAGUAUGUGGCCUACCAAAAGCAGGUGGUCAAGAACUCGGCGGCGAUGGCGAAGAAGCUUGUCGCCGACGGCUACCAGCUGGUCAGCGGUGGCACGGACAACCACCUCGUGCUCGUUGACCUCAAGAAGUCGGCGAAUAUCGACGGCGCGCGCGUGGAGCUCAUGCUCGAAAUCGUCAACAUGGCCACCAACAAGAACACCGUGCCCGGGGACAAGAGCGCGCUGACCCCUGGAGGCAUCCGCAUGGGCGCGCCAGCUCUCACCUCGCGUGGGUUCACGGAGGAGGACUUCGAGCAGGUGGCGGCGUUCUUCCACAGGGGGGUGACCCUCGCCAAGAAGGUGGCCGCCGACACGGGCAAGAUCAAGGCCUACCGCGAGGCGCUCGCGGACGGGGGGAGCAAGUACCCCGAGAUCAAGCAGCUCAGGGACGACAUCAACAACUUCGCCCGCACUUUCCCGGUCAUCGGGUUCGACCAGGAGACCAUGCGUUACCCGGCGCCCUGAGCACAGCUCGCCCGCCGGUUUGGUUUUGUU